UCUUCUAUAAAAGGGCCAGCAGAGCAGCUAAGGAGCCAUCACAGAAUCCCGGGGGUCAUUCUGUGACAGAAGCCCCAUCACCCCCUUGCUGCCAGGCCCAGCACCCACCCAGAAAUGAGACUCACUUUCUUCACCUUCCUAUCCUUCGGGAUCCUGGGGCUAUGCCUGGCUACCACUGAACAACAAGUAAGAUGGUGUGUCAUAUCAGAAAAUGAACUGAAGAAAUGUAAUGAAUUAAAAGAGGCCCUGAAGACCGUCAACGUUCCCAAUUUAGCCUGUAUCAAGAAAACCUCCCACAUGGAUUGUAUCAAGGCCAUCGCAGAAAAUGAAGCUGAUGCUCAGACUGUCGAUGGUGGUUUGAUCUACGAAGGAGGUCUUGUUCCCUAUAAUCUGAAACCCAUCGUUGCUGAAGACUAUGGCACUGAGUCAUCUCCACUCUCCCAAUACUUUGCUGUGGCUGUUGUGAAGAAGGGAACUGGUUUCCAAUUCAGGGACCUCCAAGGGAAGAAGUCCUGUCACACCGGCCUGGGCAGGUCAGCCGGGUGGAUCAUGCCCGUGGGGACGAUGUAUGCCCUUGGCUUGUUGGACUGGAAAGGACCACCAGAACCUAUUGAAGAAGCUGUGGCCAAGCUGUUCUCCGGCAGCUGCGUUCCUUGUGCUCAGGAGAAGAAUGCUAAACUGUGCUCUUUGUGCGCCGGGAAGGGCAGCGACAAGUGCGCCUGCUCCGACAGAGAACCUUACUUUGGCUACUCCGGAGCUUUCCAAUGCCUGAAGUCUGGUACGGGUGAUGUGGCUUUUGUCAAACACACAACUGUGUUAGAGAAUCUUAAAACCGAGGAUGAAAGAGACCAGUAUGAGCUCCUGUGCCCUAAUAACAGAAGGAUGCCUGUGGACCAGUAUAAAGACUGCAACGUGGCCAGGAUCCCUGCUCAUGCUGUUCUGGCCCGCAGUGUGAAUGGCAAGGAAGAGCAGAUCUGGGAGAUGCUUUCCACUGCACAGGAACAUUUUGGCAAGGGCAAAUCGGAGCAAUUCAGUCUAUUCAGCUCUCCUCACGGAAAAGACCUGCUUUUUAAGGACUCUACCAACCGGUUUCUGAAGGUCCCUGAGAAGAUGGACUAUGAGCUCUACCUGGGAUACCAAUACAUCCAGGCUAUUAAGCCUCUGAGAGGUCAUGCCCUAGACAAGAUCCAUCCCUUGGAAGACAAAAAGGUGAAAUGGUGUACAGUAAGCAAAGAGGAAAAGGCCAAGUGUGAUGAGUGGAGCGUGUUUAGUAAUGGAGUCAUCGCGUGUGAGGUGGGAGAUAAAACUGAAGAUUGCAUUGUCAAGAUAAUGAAAGGAGAAGCUGAUGCCAUGAGCAUGGAUGGAGGAUAUGUCUAUACUGCUGGCAAGUGUGGUCUGGUGCCUGUCCUGGUUGAGAACUACCCACGGAACAAGAAUGAGCCCAUUGGACCUGACUGUGAGAACAGACCUGGUACUGGCUAUUACGCUGUGGCUGUUGUUAAGAAGACAGAUGCUGAUCUCACAUGGGAUACGCUGAAGGGCAAGAAAUCCUGCCACACGGCCGUUGACAGAACUGCUGGCUGGAACAUCCCUAUGGGCCUGAUCUACAACAAAACUCUUUCCUGUGAAUUUGAUAAAUACUUUGAAAAAUCCUGUGCUCCUGGUGCUGUCGAGACUUCCAAUCUCUGUGCCUUAUGUAUUGGCAGUCCAAAUUCACAGAAUAUGAAUAAGUGCGCUCCUAACAGCAAAGAAACCUACUAUGGCUACAAUGGGGCUUUUAGAUGCCUGGUUGAGGGAGGUGGAGAUGUUGCCUUCGUGAAAGAAAGUAUUGCCCUGGAGAAUACAGAUGGAAAGAACACAGAGGACUGGGCGGCAAACCUGAAGAGUGACGACUUUAGGUUGUUAUGUUUAGAUGGAACUCAGAAGGAGGUGACUAAAUAUGAGAUUUGUCAUCUGGCUAAGGCACCAAAUCACGCUGUUGUUUCGCGGAGAGAUAAGGCAGAGCUUGUCCGCGAGGUGCUAUUGGGCCAACAGAGACGUUUUGGAACCUACGGAGAUGAAAAAGAUUCAUUUAGUCUCCUCCCCAAAACGAAAAACCUCCUGUUCAAGGAUAACACCGAGUGCUUGGCAAAACUCCCAGAUGAUAUUACCUAUGAAAAAUUCUUAGGAUCAGAAUAUGUCACAGCUGUUGGUUCUCUGAAGAAAUGCUCGAAUUCUGCUCUCCUGCCCGUCUGUGAAUUUCACAAAUUCUAGAAAGCCAGGAAAGUAAAACAGCUUCCCCCAGGGGACUAGCCACCAUAUUUGCUGUACUGCUCUUUGCACCUCUCUUUCCUGAUCACCAAGCAUGGAGGGGAAUCUCCUUUUCACUUCCUUUUAACAGAUGAUCCUAGAGAGGAAUAAUGGCUUCAACCAUCACAUUUCCCCCACUGUCAUCUGAACAAAAAAUAAAGUGGAAAAAUGUCAUUGA